GCGCACAGACCCAUAAUCCUGCGUUUCUCCAACAAGUUGUUUAUGGAGUUGCUUCUCCAUUUGCCUACAUCCCAAAAUCCACCCCUCCCGGGUUUCUUCUGCCCCCUCCUCGGUCCCGGCCUGAAGGAGGGGGAGGGGCGCGGGUGGGGGAGGGCGGACCCGACGCACAGGGCCAGCGCCGCGGCGCCCCCUCUCCGCCCGUGGCUGACGCCCCCGGAUUAUUUAUCCGCAAAGUCCCGCGCGCACCCAUUGGGCCGAGGCCCGAGUGUCAGCGCGAGUCCCGGCUCGCCAUUGGCUCCGCACACGUGCGGCCCUGACUCACGUGCUUCCGGUUUGAAGGCAAAAAGUGUGCCUGGGUGAUUUUUUUUUUUUUAAGCGAGAGAGUUUGUGCAAAGAUCCUAGCUGUCAGAGAUUUGAAAAAAAAAAAAAAAAGAAAAAAAAAAAAAAAAAAAAAACCCAGCCCGGCGCUGGCGGAGACGCGCUCUCCCUGCAAAAAAAGCAAAGGCGAUUAAAGGCGCUGCCAGCCUCACGCUCUGGGCACAGCUGAGCGUGACACUCGGGGAAGUCAAAUCCCUCACUACUGCCUAGGAAGAUGGCUAGACUUUAAAUACUAUUUUUUUCCCUUUAAGAAAAAAAAUUAUUGGAGCUUUUUUUCUUUUUUUCUUGCUUUCUUUUUCCUUUUUUCUUUUUUUCCUUCAUUUUUUUUUUUUUUGGCCGUGGCUUACUCCCCAUUUAAAUCAAAUCAUUGAAUCUGGUUGCAGAAAGAAAAAAGAAAUAGCCAAGUGUCUCCAUAUCUGGAUGUCUACAAAUUAGAGAGGGAGAGACAGCGAGAUCUAUCUGCUAGAUAAGAGCGAGCGAUCCAGGCCAGACGCCUGAGAUUUUUUCCUGCACCCGCCCGUGCCUUCGCUGGGGCUUCGCCUGCCUCCUUCCUCUGCGCACCCCCACGGGCCGCUGGCAAAGUGGGGUGGGGAGCGAGGCGGUGGGGGCGGGGGCCGGCGCGGCGGCCGGGGCGGCGGGGCGGCAGAGCAUGGAAGAACAGCAGCCGGAACCUAAAAGUCAGCGAGACUCGGGCCUCGGCGCGGCGGCGGCGGCGGCGACCCCGGGCGGCCUCAGCCUGAGCCUCAGUCCAGGCGCCAGCGGCAGCAGCGGCAGCGAUGGAGACAGCGUGCCCGUGUCCCCGCAGCCCGCGCCCCCCUCGCCGCCCGCGGCGCCUUGCCUGCCGCCCCUGGCCCACCACCCGCACCUCCCCCCACACCCCCCGCCCCCGCCGCCUCAGCAUCUCGCGGCGCCUGCUCACCAGCCGCAGCCAGCGGCCCAGCUGCACCGCACCACCAACUUUUUCAUCGACAACAUCCUGAGGCCGGACUUCGGCUGCAAAAAGGAGCAGCCGCCACCGCAGCUUCUGGUGGCUGCGGCGGCCAGAGGAGGCGCAGGAGGAGGAGGCCGGGUCGAGCGUGACAGAGGCCAGACUGGCGCAGGUAGAGACCCUGUCCACCCGUUGGGCACCCGGGCGCCAGGCGCUGCCUCGCUCCUGUGCGCCCCGGACGCGAACUGUGGCCCACCCGACGGCUCCCAGCCAGCCGCCGCCGGCGCGGGCGCGUCUAAAGCUGGGAACCCGGCUGCGGCGGCGGCGGCGGCGGCAGCGGCCGCGGCGGCAGUGGCCGCGGCGGCGGCGGCGGCCGCAGCAGCCAAGCCCUCGGACAGCGGCGGCGGCGGCAGUGGAGGCGGCGCAGGGAGCCCAGGAGCGCAGGGCACCAAAUACCCGGAGCACGGCAACCCCGCCAUCCUACUUAUGGGCUCAGCCAACGGCGGGCCCGUGGUCAAAACUGACUCGCAGCAGCCUCUCGUAUGGCCGGCCUGGGUCUACUGCACACGUUAUUCGGAUCGUCCAUCCUCCGGUCCGCGCACCAGGAAGCUGAAGAAGAAGAAGAACGAGAAGGAGGACAAGCGGCCGCGGACGGCGUUCACCGCCGAGCAGCUGCAGAGACUCAAGGCGGAGUUCCAGGCAAACCGCUACAUCACGGAGCAGCGGCGGCAGACCCUGGCCCAGGAGCUCAGCCUCAACGAGUCCCAGAUCAAGAUCUGGUUCCAGAACAAGCGCGCCAAGAUCAAGAAAGCCACAGGCAUUAAGAACGGCUUGGCGCUGCACCUCAUGGCCCAGGGACUGUACAACCACUCCACCACCACGGUCCAGGACAAAGACGAGAGCGAGUAGACGCCACCGGCCGGGGCCGCGCGGUCAGGCCGCCGUGCCCGCGCCCCCUCCCGGCACCGCCGCCGUCGCCUCCCGGCCCCUCGCUGGGGGAGAAAGCAUCUGCUCAAAGGAGGGAGGGAGACAGAAAGAGAGCCUCAGAAUGGACAAUGACGUUGAAACGCAGCAUUUUUGAAAAGGGAGAAAGACUCGGACAGGUGCUAUCGAAAAAUAAGAUCUAUUCUCUAUUCACAGUAUAAGGGACGAAACUGCGAACUCCUUAAAGCUCUAUCUAGCCAAACCGCUUACGACCUUGUAUAUAUUUAAUUUCAGGUAAGGAAAACACAUACGUGUAGCGAUCUCUAUUUGCUGGACAUUUUUAUUAAUCUCCUUUAUUAUUAUUGUUAUAAUUAUUAUAAUUAUUAUAAUUAUUUUAUCCCCUCCCCCUCUGCCUCGCUGCCCCCGGCCCAGUUUCGUUUUCGUUGCCUUUUUCAUUUGAAUGUCAUUGCUUCUCCGGUGCCUCCCGACCCGCAUCGCUGGCCCUGGUUUCUCUGGGACUUUUCUUUGUGUGCGUGAGUGUGUUUCCUUGCGUGUCUGCCCACCUCCUCUCCCCCACCUCCUGGGCCCCUUCUGUCGGUCUGUCUGUUCUGCCCCCCUUUCGUUUUCCGAAGACUUGUUGAGAAAUACGACCCCACAGACUGCGAGACUGAACCGCCGCUACAAGCCAAAGAUUUUAUUAUGUUCAGAAACCUGUAGUCUGAAAUAAAGUGUACACUGUGCUCACGA